AUUAAAUGCAAAUCACAUCAGGGAUGCAUGAAUUAAUUUAUGAUUUCAGUGAAUUUCCCAAUGCCUUAAUUGAGAUGUUUCCAUUAGUAUUUAUGGACAUUUACUAAAACUGCUGACUGACCGCGCAGUUAUAGCACCUCGUUGUAUUCACUCCACAUACACCAAGAAAAGACACAAGGUAACUGAGUAGUAGUACUAUUUUGUUUAACUCCAUAGAGCAUGAAAGAGAACCCUGACGUUGACAGUAGAGCAGCAGUCAUUGCAGAAUGAGAAUAAAGCACAAGUUGAACUCUUAGAUGUUGUAAUGUUGUGUUUGGACUUUGGAUUUUUAUUUAAAAGACACAGUUAGGAGUCCCACUGCUGCACCACAACCUCCACCACCCGCCCCCUCCACUCAUUUCUCUACUUUGUCUUAUUUGUCUUCUUGACAAGUCCAGGGAGGGUUUUUUCCAUUUUCCUUUUUUUUUUCUUUCUUGUAAUUUCCUGAGAAUGCUCUUGCGCUCCCCCAGGCGUCCGUGACCCCCACUUUGAAUACCACCAUUAUCACAUUAAUAAUAUAAUACCUGUCAACCAUGUCAACUCAUUAGUCCAGACACAGGAAGAAAAUGCACACAUUUAUCAAUUGGUCUAAAUAAUUGCUGUUCAAAACCAGACAGUUCUUCUUUUAGUAUUGAUUAUGUGACAUUUUCCAUCCAGCUGUUGUUGUUUUAUUGAACACAUUGUAAUGUUUCUAUUUCCUUGAAAUCAUACAGAAAGAAGCCUUUUUGUAAAAUGAUGUUUCUUUAAGAUUUCAUUUCAUUUCACAUUGAAUCAUCCCUCCCCCGUUUCUAUUAUUUGGAAACAGUAAAACUCAAAUCUAUUUCUUAUAACAAUUUCCCCCUCUGUUUGUCUCUGUGUGUUUCAUUCUGUUUCCUUAGGAAGGAAUGGGAACUCUUCGAGUGACAAAGGAAGGCGUCAGGCUGGAGGGAGUGUCUGAAUUCUUACUGCCGUUAUACGUCAAAGAGAUCCAGUCUCGGAGGGACAGUCCCCUUGUUCUUCAGUCUGACAGAAAUGUCACUAUCAAUGCUCGAAAUGAUCAAGGACAGCUGACUGGUCAACUGACUGUGGGUUCUGAGACGGUGGAGGCUCAGUGUCAGAGGUUUGAAGUGCGAAGCGCAGAUGGAGAGAGAGUUCUUUUCUCUGCAGAUGAAGAGGAGAUCAGCAUCGGCACUGAGAAACUGAGAGUCACAGGGACUGAAGGUGUGGUGUUCAGCCAUUCUGUAGAGACUUCACAUGUCAGAGCAGAGCCCUUCCAAGACCUUAAGUUAGAGUCACCGACUCGGACCCUCACCCUCGAGGCCCCCAGAGGCGUGGAGAUAAAUGCUGGUGUGGGAGACUUCACAGCAUCAUGUCGGAAAGACCUGCUGCUGCAGUCGUCAGAGGGAGAGAUCUUAAUAGAUGCCCACUCCAUCAGGUUGGGCAACAUCCCCGUUGGCAGUGCUGUGGACCCCUUGGAGGGAGCACCCGCAGGAACCACCUACAAAAAACAGACUGUGUACGAGCUGUGUUCGUGUGCGAACGGCAAGCUCUACCUUUCUCCAGCCGAGAAAGGCUCUACCUGCCAAACCACGAGUAACUUUUGUCUUUGGAGCUGAAAGUCAGAGAUGGACGGAUGACCCAGGACACACGGACUACAUGGAGUUUGAAGCUGAUGCUAGCCAACAGAUUAACACAUCCUGAAUGAUGGUUCGGUUAAAGAAAAAAAAAAAAAAACAAGGCCGGCUUACAAAACAAAUCAACACAAAUUGAAGCAUGGCCAAGAGUUUGUGUGUGUGAACCAACCAAAAUGAUAUUUGGCUUUCAGCUUGAAUGAAGGAUAAAAGCCUGGUGACUGACCAAAUCAACAUAGACUGUGAACUGGCUUUGUGCUACAAUGAGUUAAAGGACGGAAAUGCCAUUGAACGAAGCUUAGAGAGACAGUGAAAAGCCAUCCUAUCAACCACAGCCCCAUGAACUGGUGAGGAGCGAGUCAUGGAUGUAGAUGACUUUGCAAAAGGCAAACUAAGGAAAAUCAAUGGAUGCUCAAAAACACCCCUCAUCCCCCGCUCAUCCCCCGGCCACAAAUGGACAGUCUCACACUAGGACACUCCUUGGCUGCCUCUGCCAUCGUUGAAUUGCUGCAAUGAUUGAUCCGAAAGCUACGAUAAGGUUACUCUGGUAUAAGAGUCGUUGACAUCAGCCUACUUUUAGAAAUAAAGUCAGUUGUGUGUUUAUUGUUGUUCAAAAUGAAAAGAACCACCAACUCCUGCUUUUCCAGGAUAUUGUAAUGAAAGCAAUUUGCCAACAAUGACUUGAUGGAAUCAUUUGGCUAGUGGGAUCAAUAAGGACUAGCAUUGCAGGUAACCACCAAUUAAAUACAACUAGAAGCCGGGGCUAGCUAAUGGACCAAUGUAUACCAGAAAGGCCUUUUCCCUUUGUCCCCUUUCAAUACAAAACCCAAAUUUUAAAGUUUGACUCUGCAACAUUGACAUGAUCAUUGAUCAUUCUCCAGUCUCAAUUUUUAUAGC